AUGAAAAAAUGGAAAAAUGAAUUUCUACUAUCCAUGUUUUAUCAAAAUGACAGAAAAAUAAACAUUUGGAAAAAAUAUAUAACAACAAAAAUAAAUUAUAAAAAUAUAAAUAACUUUAAGAUAUGGGAAUAUGAUAAUAGCAUAUUAAAGGUUGAUUUUUUUUGUAGUGAUAAUUUUAAGCUUUAUAAAGACAAAGAACUUUUACAAAAAACAAGAAUAAGUACAUUUAAAAAUAUUCAUAAAUCAGAUAUAAACUAUUUAUUUUUGUUUAUAGAGUUUAAGAACGAAUGUGUUGAUCAUUUUAUUAAUCAAGUAGCACCCAUAAAUAGUAUACACAUUCAAAUAUUAACCAAAUUAAACUAUUUACUUAUAUUAAAAAAGUUUAUAAAAAAUGAUAAAAAUCUUAACCGAUAUUUUAUGUACCUUUUUGGGUAUAGCCCUAAUUAUUCAAAAGAAAUAAUUAAUAGUAGUGUAGAAAAUUGUAAUAAUGUAUUAAAUUCUUAUCAGGGAAAAAUAAAAGAUGACCAUCAUAAUACUACAAGUUCAAAUAUAAAUAAUGAUAAUAGUCUAAAUAAAAAAUGUCUUAACAAUGCCAAAAAUGGCUACCUGAAUGAAGAUAAAUAUAUUUUUCAAACUAGCCAGACACUCACCGAUUUUCCUGAUUAUGAAUAUUCUUUAAAACAUGAAAUAAAACAAAGUGAUAAUAGUAGUAAUAUUAAAAGGGGUUUCAACAUUUUUGAAAAUCACAAAUUGAAUGAUAUACUUGAAAAAUUAUACAACGGAAAACCAGAAAAAUAUAAUAUCAUUAUUUAUAGCAAUGCUAAUAAUAAAUAUAUAAAACAUGUGUAUUUAAAUGAACUAGAGAAUAAUAUAAAUACUCAGAUAAAUUAUUUGUAUAUGUUUAAUAAUAAACUAUUGAAUAAAAAUAUGUUAUUAUCUUUGUAUAAAUUUUAUAUACAUUUCAAAGAAGAAAUAAAACAGAAGAAUGAGUUUUUAUUUUUUUUGGACAGACUAUGUGAACAUGUAUUAAAUAAUAUGAAUGUAGUAGACAUUACUUUUAUUUUUUACACACACAUUAAAUUAAAUUAUUAUAAUCAUUUAUUUUUAUUAAUAUUAAUUAAAAGAUUUAAAAAUAUUUUACAAAAAAUAGAAAAUAUUAAAAGAAGUCAAAAUGAAACCAACAAAGAAAUUGUAGAGCAAUAUAUUAACAAAAUAAAACCUUCUACAAAAUCAAUAAUCCUUUUUUUUCAUUCUCUAACAAAUUAUUGUAUAUAUUUAAAUAGUGAUAAUAUUGGACAUAAUCGAGAAAAUAUAACAUUUAUUAAAGAAUUUAUAUAUACCACAUUUUAUGAAUAUUUACAAAAAAAUUAUUUUAAAAAUAAUCAUUCCUAUAAAUCACUUACAACGUUAGAUUUUAUAGGAUUAUAUUCUUCCUUGUUAAAAUUAAAUUUUAAAAAUAAUAAUCAAACAUUGUCUUUUCUUAAAAAUAUAUUACUUGACUUUUCAAUUGAUCGAGGUCCUAGACUAAUAGUGAAUGACUACAACACAAUUGGUGUUAAUGAGGGUUUUGAAAAAAUAAAAGAACCUCAAAAAGAUAGUACUAAUAAAUUUAUUUUCAAUUUAAGAAAGCAAAAUGAAGAUAUACCUCUCAAUAUACAAGAAUAUGCACUGUUUUUAAAUAAUGUUUCAAAAUUUUUUGUUAAAUUUAAUUAUACUAACAAUGAAUAUAAAAAAAUAAUAAAAUGUUUUACUACACUAUUUGAAACUGGUUUUAUAUUAAUAAUAAAAUUAUUUAUCAAUACUAAAUUUUUUAAACAUUUUAUUCAAGAAAAAAUAGAUAACACAAAAGUGUCUCUUUUUGAUACUAUUUGUUUGAAUUUACAAAACGACAACAACAUGAUCGAUAUAAAAAAUAAAGAUAAAAUUUUUAAUGAAAAUGUAGAGAGCAUAAGCUUGAAUUAUUCUAUAUUGAUUGAUAUUCUAAAAAUAAACAAAAAAGUAGAAACUGCUAGGGAUUUUUUAAUUUUUGGCUCUGACCAAAGUUUUGAUCCAAAUUUAAGACAGGGAGAUAUAACCGAAAUAGCUAGUAAAAAAAAUGGGCCUAACUAUCCACCUCCAUAUAAUAUUAAUAAUGUAGAGAAAAACAUAAAAUAUAUCGUUAAUAUAUUGAAUUCAAAUUAUAAAAUUCUUAAACAUAUUAUUAGCAAUUAUAACAUAAAUGAGUAUAGUAAAUAUUUUAAUAAAAUUUUAUUAUACAAUUUCGUGAACAAACUUAUAAAUAAUAACAAAUAUAUAGAUUAUAGUUUACCUUAUAUAAAUAAAUUAAAUGACUAUAUCAAUAACACACAUUUUGUAUAUAACAAUGACAGAGCAAAUAUAAAUCAUUUGUUUAUUUCUAAUUAUAUUUUGACUAUAUAUCUCUCCGAUUUUAUUAAUUUAUAUUUAAAAAAAAUAAAAGAAGAAUUGCAAAUAUAUAAAAUAAGCCAUGAUUAUAUUUGUAGACUUAUUAAUAAUUACAAUGGUUUUUCACAAAUUGUGAGUAAUACAUUAGGAGCAAUACAAAAUUUAAAGAUAUUACGAUUUGACAUAUUUUCAAAUGUAGGAUUUUUAAUUAAAAAAAAUAUAUUCCCACUAGAGUUUAUUCAUAUAGUAAAUAUUUUACAUUCUUAUUCUUCUUUUAAAAUACGGGAUGAAGAAUUAAUUAAAUAUUUAUUAAAUAAAAUGUAUUAUGAAAUAAAUUUAGAAAAAAAAAAAAAUAAUAAUAUUAUAGAAGAUCAAAUUUUAAGUAACAUAAUAAUUGCUUUACUAAAAUUAGACUACUUUGAUGAACGAUUUAGUAAUAUAAUUUUUGAAAAUUAUAAAAAUAUUAAAUCUAUACAAUCUUUAAUAAAUAUUACUUUUUAUAUUUGUUAUUAUAAUUUAAUUGAUAGAUUUUUAAAAGAAAAUCACAUAAAUUAUUUCUUUCAACAAAUAAAUAUAUUUGACAUAAACAACUUAACAGUUGAAAAUAAGACACAGCUAAAAUUAAUAUCCUAUUUAAUAUUGCAUGUUCAUAAUUAUAUAUAUUGUGUUCAGAAAAAAAAAACACACACACGUUCCAAAUUACCAUCCACUUUUGAUCUUUUAAAAAAUUACACUGAAGAAAUAGAAUGCAAAUUAUUGGAAAAUAAAAUUAAAAACUCAAAGGAUUUAACUUAUUUUAUUUAUUCUAUUAGUAAAAUGUACAAUUAUGUGACAGCUUUUAAAAAUAUGAAAAAGUCCUUAAAUUGUCAUAAUAACAAUAUACUUCAUAAAUUUCGUUACAAAAGAAAUAAAUUUUUUAGCAAGCAUAGGGGUCGAAAUAAAAAAAUAUGCACACCCUCUUUUAUUAAGUACAACAAUAUUUUGGACAAUAACUUAUUAUAUAAAAAAUUAAUAAAAAAAUAUCAAGGAAUAAAACCUUUUAAUAAAUUAGGAAAUAAUCUAAAUUGCUAUAUAAGCAAUACACCACCCUAUGACAUACAUAAUAAUACAAAUGAUGUUAAUAAAAACGAGAAUUUGAUUUUAAAAAUUAUGAACGUUAAUAAUUAUUCCAUUGAUAUGCUUAAACUUUUGAACUAUAAAUAUGUUUAUAAAAGUAAUGAAUAUAUAAACAUGCUAGAUAUGAAAAAUUAUUUUGAUCUUCAUUUUAUUGGAGCAUUCCCUUUCUUACAAACCCCCAUAAAUACAACAUCCAAUCUACAUAAUGAAAUAUAUAACAUAAUUGUUUCGUUAAACAUUAAACGAAAAGUCGUAAAAGAACUUCCACAUUACCCAUAUUAUGUUGACAUAGUUAUUACAUAA